UUCUCACAGUUGCAUUAUUUGCGCAGGAGAAUGGAAUUGGGUCAGAAAAACAAAAACAAGAAUUCUUAAUAUUUUAUGUGUUGUCUACAGUUGUAUGUGAUAUGUGAAACAAAAGUGUUACUGUUGCCAUCAUCAAAACCAACGUGAAGGUCAAAUUGUUUCCAUAGCAAUCAUGCCUACCAUGUCAACAAAGCCAGGUCCAGAGGUUGGACUAGAAGAGGAGGAGGGAUACACAUUUCCGUGCUGGCGGACACUUCCCGAUCACAUAUUGCUGCACAUUUUCAGUUUUUUAGAGGCAUCCACCCUUGCUAAGGCUGGACUUGUCUGCAAGGCUUGGCUACGUGUUGGCUUUGAUGAAUUGUUGUGGAAGGAUUUGUUUUACCGUCACUGGGGUAUAUCGCGGUCGAUACCAAUGGCGCCGGGAAAGUACUCAUGGAUACAAGAAUACAAACGUCUUCUGUACCAUACUCCCUCUGUAGAGAGUGAGGUGCUAAAACAACAUGCAGACCAGGUGCUGCACGUGAGCUUCUCGCACAAUGGAAAAAUGUUUGCUACGUGUUCCAAAGAUGGUUUCAUUAGGGUAUGGGAUGCAACGUACCCUACUUCCAUCAAAUACAAGACGGACAUGAGGAAGUUUACAUGGAAAUAUACUCAGUUCUCACAGUUUAACUCGAUAGACACCCUGCUCCUUGUCUCUGGUGUACAUUUUGGAUCUCUGAGCACGUCUGGGGAAAUUGCGGUCUUCAGUUUGGAAGGCGAAUUUUUGAUGCAAAGUCGUGUGAUGAACAAGCCAUAUGAUGUGUUUGGUACAUGGUACAACGACUUUUAUUUGUUGUCAGGAAACCUUCACUGGACAGGUCAUCUCAAUUCUUGUUCUGCUAUCUGGUUAAAUAAGGCCUACCAGGAAACCACAUCAGAGGAAGAAUCUGUGGUAAUGAGACUCUUCAAGUUUUCAAACAUCAAUGCAAGUUCUAUACGUACAAUAAUGAUUGCAAAUUGCCUCUCUAAUGAAGCAGACGUCCCUUCUGCAGAAGAUAAAAAUCUCACUGAAGACAUUAGUCCUGCUGAUAACACAUCCCUUGUAUCGCUUCCUCUGAUUGGUGACUUAUUCACCAAUCAGGAAGAGGAAGACAUAAAUGAAGAGCAAGAAGAAUCUAAUGCUACAGAGGAGGGCAAAGGAGAAAAAACUGCCGCAAAGAAAAUAGGGAAAAGUACAAAAGCUUUACAGAGUAUUCAGGUGUUUGAAAAUGGAGAGUUUAUUACAAAAUUUCUUGAAGUAGAUGCUGAUGAGCCAAAUAAUAAAUUGAAUGGAACUAUCGAGUAUAGUAGUGACUAUAGACUGGCUGAGACUCCAAAAGGUCUAAAGAUGAAGGUAAUUUGUGGGGACACGUCUGGGUCAGAGCUGAGUACAAAUGGAAACUAUUCUGGUUCAGAAAUAAGCAGUGUGAAUGGUUCCUCAGAUGUCUUCGAUCAUAGUCACUCAUCGCUAGAUGUUGAUAUGGGUGCGAAAAGCAGCCGUUCAGACAUUGAAGAUAGCCAGACAGAUCAGAUGCAGACUAUGAAACUUACCUGGAGACAGUCCAGUCCAUGCACUGCCGAGCAUGUACAGUUUGCGCUCUCUGACUUUGCUCCAUUGGCGCUGGAAGAAAAUUCCGAUUCGCCAAUGUUAAGUCCGAGACCUGACCCAAGAUCAAUAGAAUUACAGUCUGAUAGGAAUAGUGAAAGUUCGUUAGAGUCCCAGUCUACAGGAUAUGGUCAAGUUUUUGAGGAUGACCAGUCUGUUAAUGAAAGACAACCCUCAGGAUUAGUGGAUUCUUCCACUGAAACUAUAACAGGAGAGCCACUCGAGGUUCAGAACGAAAGGGUAGCAGAAGUAUCUGGUCAGUCUUCAGGAUAUAAAUAUAGUCCUAAACGUGUUCUGCACGGGCAACAACAGCAACAUGGCGAGCGAGUCCGGGAUCCAUCAACUUGUGAGCAGGAACUUAAGUCCCAGCCUCACAUUGGCAUAGAUACGGCUUCGAGUUCGAGUGACAGUCUGGAACUGCCAGAAAAAACUCCACGCUUGGCAUUCUGUUGUGUGGAUUAUAAAAAGAAAAAGAUUGUGCCAUUGAAGCAAACACUUGCUGCAAAUGGUGCUUCUAAUAGAAAUUUAAAAUCUAGAACUUGUUUAAGCAGAAAUUCUGUUGAAACUUUUGAAGAUAAGAAUAUGUCAGAAGUGAAAUCGGAUGUUGCCAAAAGUCAGAGUGAGAAUACGGGUAAAAAUAUUCCGUCAAGAAUGUGUUUAGGGAGACAGUCUAUGGAAACUGUUGAAGAUGUGCCAAAAUCGGAGGUCGGAGUUGAAAGUAAUCCAGUAAGGACCCAAUCAAAAAUGUGUACAAGUACGGAGAACCAGUCUGGAUCAGAUUUAGGAAUAGACUGUGUGCCUGGACGAGUUCAGUCCAGAAUCUGUGCUGGAAUAGGUACUGCUUCGAUGGAAAAUAUGGAUUACCAGUCCAGUGAUAGUGAAGUGAAAGUAAAAUGUAAACCAGUCCGAAAUACUUGCAAUAUGCAGUCAGAGACCACAUCUGUGACUAUAUCUUCAAGUAGCAGUCAUUCAAAUGUUUAUAAAUCGGCAGAAAGUGUUCCAAAACUGAAAUACAAAAGUAAAAGAGCUAAGAAAAAGAAAUCGCGAAAAGUGAAAGACAAAUAUUUAAUAUUCACGAAAGGUUCAGAGACUUAUACUCCACACCAGAUUGGAAUUAAACGAAUCAAACCUUUCAGUGACGAUGGAUCUCGUCUGCUGCCAAAUGUUUCAGAAAACACACAUCAUCUGGAACAAGGGGAUGAUGUUUACGAUGAUGUUGAUCAUUUGAUUGAUAUGCAUGGUCACAUCAUUGGGAUGACUUUGUCACCUGACCAAAGGUACCUGUAUGUGAAUAGCCGGCCCUGGCCAAAGAAUUACCACAUUGAAAACCCACUGUAUCCACCACCAAUAGCACAAGAGAUCGAUAUACAUGUUAUUGAUCUCCUCAAUAUGCGAGAAGUCGGCACAAUGCACAGAGCGCAUAAGGCGUACACAUCUAAUGAUGAGUGCUUCUUCAUAUUUCUUGAUGUUUGUGAGGAAUAUGUUGCAAGUGGUGCUGAAGAUAAGCACGGCUACCUAUGGGACCGUCACUAUGGUUUAUGCCUCCACAAGUACCCACACACAGAUGUUGUUAACUCAGUAGCAUUUAAUCCUGCUGAUCCGGAAGUCCUUGUUACAGUCAGUGAUGAUUUCUCCAUUAAAAUAUGGCGUUCACUGAGUCGUGAAAAGGAGGUCGUCAAAGCAUUCAACAAAGAGCAUAGUAUACGUGUGAAACAUGUGCAGGCUCUGAUGUCAGAAACUAGCGAAUUUGAUGAAAAAAUCUGCGGUGGCAACGAAAAUACGUGUAUGUGAGAUUGUUAUGGUGAUUGAUCAGUUUGUUGAUCAUAUCGUAUAGCAAGGAGUUCCACUGUGAAGAUCAUUUUGACCAUUCUCUUGGUGUAACUUUCUAGCCAAAAUGUCGGCAUAGGACAUACAUCUGUAGAGCUGCACUGCUGGAAAGAGUGUUUUUAGCUCACCUGUCACAAAGUGACAAGGUGAGCUUUUGUGAUCGCGCGGCGUCUGUCGUCCGUCGUCCGUCCGUCCGUGCGUGCGUGCGUGCGUGCGUGCGUGCGUCCGUAAACUUUUGCUUGUGACCCCUCUAGAGGUCACAUUUUUCAUGGGAUCUUUAUGAAAGUUGGUCAGAAUGUUCAUCUUGAUGAUAUCUAGGUCAAGUUCGAAACUGGGUCACGUGCCAUCAAAAACUAGGUCAGUAGGUCUAAAAAUAGAAAAACCUUGUGACCUCUCUAGAGGCCAUAUAUUUCACAAGAUCUUCAUGAAAAUUGGUCAGAAUGUUCACCUUGAUGAUAUCUAGGUCAAGUUCGAAACUGGGUCAUGUGGGGUCAAAAACUAGGUCAGUAGGUCUAAAAAUAGAAAAACCUUGUGACCUCUCUAGAGGCCAUAUUUUUCAUGAGAUCUUCAUGAAUAUUGGUCAGAAUGUUCACCUUGAUGAUAUCUAGGUCAAGUUCGAAACUGGGUCACGUGGGGUCAAAAACUAGGUCAUUAGGUCUAAAAAUAGAAAAACCUUUUGACCUCUCUAGAGGCCAUAUUUCUCAAUGGAUCUUCAUGAAAAUUGGUCAGAAUGUUCACCUUGAUGAUAUCUAGGUCAAGUUCGAAACUGGGUCACAUGGGGGUAAAAACUAGGUCAGUAGAUCUAAAAAUAGAAAAACCUUGUGACCUCUCUAGAGGCCAUAUUUUUCAUGACAUCUUCAUGAAUAUUGGUCAGAAUGUUCACCUUGAUGAUAUCUAGGUCAAGUUUGAUACUGGGUCAUGUUGGAUCAAAAACUAGGUCAGUAGGUCUAAAAAUAGAAAAACCUUGUGACCUCUCUAGAGGCCAUAUUUCUCAAUGGAUCUUCAUGAAAAUUGGUCAGAAUGGUCACCUUGAUGAUAUCUAGGUCAAGUUCGAAACUGGGUCACGUGCCAUCAAAAACUAGGUCAGUAGGUCUAAAAAUAGAAAAACCUUGUGACCUCUCUAGAGGCCAUAUAUUUCACAAGAUCUUCAUGAAAAUUGGUCAGAAUGUUCACCUUGAUGAUAUCUAGAUCAAGUUCGAAACUGGGUCAUGUGGGGUCAAAAACUAGGUCAGUAGGUCUAAAAAUAGAAAAACCUUGUGACCUCUCUAGAGGCCAUAUUUUUCAUGAGAUCUUCAUGAAUAUUGGUCAGAAUGUUCACCUUGAUGAUAUCUAGGUCAAGUUCGAAACUGGGUCACGUGGGUCAAAAACUAGGUCAUUAGGUCUAAAAAUAGAAAACCUUUUGACCUCUCUAGAGGCCAUAUUUCUCAAUGGAUCUUCAUGAAAAUUGGUCAGAAUGUUCACCUUGAUGAUAUCUAGGUCAAGUUCGAAACUGGGUCACAUGGGGGUAAAAACUAGGUCAGUAGAUCUAAAAAUAGAAAAACCUUGUGACCUCUCUAGAGGCCAUAUUUUUCAUGACAUCUUCAUGAAUAUUGGUCAGAAUGUUCACCUUGAUGAUAUCUAGGUCAAGUUUGAUACUGGGUCAUGUUGGAUCAAAAACUAGGUCAGUAGGUCUAAAAAUAGAAAAACCUUGUGACCUCUCUAGAGGCCAUAUUUCUCAAUGGAUCUUCAUGAAAAUUGGUCAGAAUGGUCACCUUGAUGAUAUCUAGGUCAAGUUCGAAACUGGGUCACGUGGGGUCAAAAACUAGGUCAGUAGGUCUAAAAAUAGAAAAACCUUGUGACCUCUCUAGAGGCCAUAUUUUUCAAUGGAUCUUCAGGAAAAUUGGUCAGAAUGUUUACCUUGAUGAUAUCUAGAUCAAGUUCGAAACUGGGUCACAUGGGGUUAAAAACUAGGUCAGUAGAUCUAAAAAUAGAAAAACCUUGUGACCUCUCUAGAGGCCAUAUUUUUCAUGAGAUCUUCAUGAAUAUUGGUCAGAAUGUUCACCUUGAUGAUAUCUAGGUCAGGUUCGAAACUGGGUCACGUGGGGUCAAAAACUAGGUCAGUAGGUCUAAAAAUAGAAAAACCUUGUGACCUCUCUAGAGGCCAUAUUUCUCAAUGGAUCUUCAUGAAAACUGGUGAGAAUGUUCAGCUUGAUGAUAUCUAGGUCAGGUUUGUAACUGGGUCAUGUGCGGUCAAAAACUAGGUCAGUAGGUCUAAAAAUAGAAAAACCUUGUGACCUCUCUAGAGGCCAUAUUUUUCACGAGAUCUUCAUGAAAAUUGGUGAGAAUGUUCACCUUGAUGAUAUCUAGGUCAAGUUUAAAAGUGGGUUACGUGCCUUCAAAAACUAGGUCAUUAGGUCAAAUAAUAGAAAAAUCUUGUGACCUCUCUAGAGGCCAUAUUUUUCAAUGGAUCUUCAUGAAAAUUGGUCAGAAUUUUUUAUCUUGAUGAUAUCUAGGUCACAUGUGCUCAAAAACUACGUCACUAUGUCAGAUAAUAGAAAUAACGACAUCAUACUCAGUUCAACACUGGGUCAUGUGGGGAUAGGUGAGCGAUUCAGGACCAUCAUGGUCCUCUUGUUUUUUUUUGCUGCACACAGGUUGUUGAUGUUUAGAGGUGAACUUGAUAAUAAACUGUCCUAGUCAGAAAAAAUGUUACAGUAUACUGAAUAAUUUUGCAUAGAAUUCACCAGAGUGUUUGAGUUUUAGGAAAUAAUACAAAGUGAUAUUAACAAACAUUUUGAUUUCACAAAAAAAUGCGAGACCAAAUAUUUUCAAAGUCCUUAGACAUCUUUUGCAUUAUGAACUGACCUCUCAGAGCAAGUUUCAUAACUUUGGGUUACAUUUUAAGUUUACAUUUAAACAGUUUUAUCGGGAACUAUUAUACAGAAUACUUUUAGACUGCUUAUAAGUCUUCAACAUCAUUAAUUAACCAUUCUGAGCCAGGUUCCAUUAUCACUGACUUGCUGUUUACAAAGUUAUGCCCAUUUUUUUUCAACCAGAAUUUUGUUAAAAUUUGUAUGUAAGUUUUUGUUGGGUGGAAUUGCUUGAAAUAAUCAGGCACGUUGUCAUUAGACAGCUGUUGUUAGUAUUCUGUGAAAUCAUUUAAUUUCGUGGGCAUGAAAUUUCGUGGUAUUGAUCAGAACGGCAAUUUAGUGGGGAUAUGAAUUCGUGGAUUUCAGCUUUUAUUCAUAAAAUGAAUGGGAAUUUUACUUGUUCUUUGGGACUAAAUUUCGUGGAUUGACUCAACCACGAAAUCCACGAAAAAUAGUCCCCCACGAAUAUUAAUGUUUUCACAGUAUUUAAAUACAAAUGUUGAUAUUUUUACUCUUUGUUUGAUAAGUGUGCAAUAUUGUUCUUAUACCGAUUGUUUCUCCUCUGGAAAAUUUGUAUUUAUUUCAUUAGAUUUGCUUCCUUAUGUUGUGAUUUUUGUUUGUUGUAGACCUUUAAAGCUACUUGCCCACAGUUUGGGUGAAAUUUUAGAACACGUUUGUUUCCACCAAAUUGGGCAUGGAAUGUAUAUAUUAGACUGAAAAAUGAUAAAAUGGGUGAAAAUAUAACUUAAUGCUAGAUACUGAUAAAAAUGCAAGUAGAAUGUAAAAUUUCAAUAGCUUUGCAAUGGUUCACUAACUUCUGCGCCAUCUUUUUGAUUAUUUAUAAGAAUAUCUUGCAAGAAUCAUAUGUCAAUAAGUUUGAAAGUUUAUACCAGACUUUCAGAGUACUCCAUAUUUUAUGGAGUUUUGAAAGAAAUUAGUUUUUGCCUAAAAUAUGUGGGUUAGUCCCUUUAAGUAUAUUGGUGUCUUCUGAAAUGUGUAUACUAAAUUUUUUAACACAGCUUAAUUAGUCAUUCCUUAAAGAUUGGCAGCCUGUAUAAAAAAAAACGGUUGAAAUGUGUAAAUUUUUUAACACAGCUUAAUUAGUCAUUCCUUAAAGACUGGCAGCCUGUAUAAAAAAAAAAAACUGUUGAAAUGUGUAAAUUUUUUAACACAGCUUAAUUAGUCAUUCCUUAAAGAUUGGCAGCCUGUAUAAAAAAAAUGGUUGAAAUGUGUAAAUUUUUUAACACAGCUUAAUUAGUUAUUUCUUAAAGAUUGGCAGCCUGUAUAUAAAAAUGGUUGAAAUGUGUAAAUUUUUUAAAACAGCUUAAUUAGUCAUUCCUUAAAGAUUGGCAGCCUGUACAAAAAAAAUGGUUGAAAUGUGUAAAUUUUUUAAAACAGCUUAAUUAGUCAUUCCUUAAAGAUUGGCAGCCUGUACAAAAAAAAUGGUUGAAAUGUGUAAAUUUUUUAAAACAGCUUAAUUAGUUAUUCCUUAAAGAUUGGCAGCCGGUAUAAAAAAAUGGUUGAAAUGUGAAUUUUUUUUAACACAGCUUAAUUAAUCAUUCAUUAAAGAUUGGCAGCCUGUAUAAAAAAUGAUGAAAGAAAAAUGCCAAAACGAUUUGGAAAAAUAUCAUUGGCUGGUUUAUGCAGCUUAUUUACCAGUUUGAUAAUUAUGCAGUUAUUGACUCAUGGGCCAUGCGAUAUGAUGUGAUAUUCACCAAAGAAGGCAGUAUUGACCUAGGUGAUAAUGGAGGUCAAUGUGGCCUUCUUCUGGUGAAUAAUGACAUAUACAUUGGACUGCUUUAUUUUAGCAAAGUAACAUUUUCUGAUCUAAUUUUAGGAAACAGCAUUCGUGUUUUUAGUACAUUAGAUUGUGAAUAAAAGACCAUACUUCAUGUUAACAAAACCGUUCUAAUUUGAGCCGCGCCAUGAGAAAAUCAGCAUAAUGGCUUUGCGAACAGCAUGUUGGUUUUCUCAUGGCGCAGCUCAAAUGCUUGUUUCUGUUAAAACACAUGUUCGCUAAAAUGAUGUCAAGUUGAAGUGUGAUGACUUCAAUAUUUUUACUGUGGUACUAAUUUUAUCAACUGUUUUAUAAUAAGAGCAUAUUAGAAUCGAAAUGUACAGAAAAAUUGUGUUUUAUUUAAAUUAAUACACUCAAAUCGGUUAUACAUCCCCAAGAGUAUUUAUCUUGGGCUGCGCCCAUGUGAAAUGAUCCCGUGGACGUAUAAUCUAUUUUCGUACAAAUGUAACGUUAAAACACAGAUUUUCUAUACAUUGUUUCCUAAUUCACUUGAUAUUGUUACUGGUAUUCUUAUGAUAUCUUCUUGAUGGAGUCUAAAAUAAUAAAAAUUUAAAAAUGCUGUGAA